AGCCGCGCGCCCUGCUGCGCACGGCGGCGGGGCCGGCCGCCGAUGGCGGAGGCUGCGGGGGAGCUCCCGCGGCCGCGGCCGCCGGAGAGCUGCCGUGAGCCGGCGCCGCCGCGGGCGCUGCCAGGGCGGCUGGCGUUCUCGAGCAAGGACGGGGGCGCGAGCGGCACGGAGAAGCCGCAGGCCGUGCUGGAGGACCGGGGAUCGGAGCCGACCUCGCCGGCCGCCGACCUCAGCAUCGAGGUGGGCCACCACCGGCAGGCCCGGCAGAGCCAGGAGCCAGGCGCGGACCAGGCUGCCCGCCCCCGUGCACCGCGCCGCCCUCCUCCUGGUCGGCCCUUCGCGCGCGCGGGGGGGGCGCGUCCGGACUCCCAGAGAUCCGACGCUCCAGCAC